GUACAGACUGGUCACCGCCAUGGAGUUUGACUUGGCUGCUGCCCUGGGCCCUGGUUCUAAGAAGCCAGAGGGGGCUGGUCAAGUGGGAGACCCCAAACACUGUCCUCUAAAGGCGCCGGGCCGGCCAGAGGCAGGCGCUGCUCACAAGCCGAGGCAUGGCCCUGGCGGCUCCUCCGACUCCAGCAGUAGUAGCAGCAGCAGCAGCUCCAGCGACUCAGAGGCAGAGGGGAAGGCGCACGCCGCUGGCUGCAAGAAGCAUGAACGCUCCUCAGACAAGGCCAAGAAACCCAAAGUGAAGAAGGAGAGGAAAAAGAAAGAGAAGACUCCCCAUUAACUUAUUAAACUUGCAGCCCUUUCCGCUCCCCGGCGCCCUCUGCCGGGCAGGAGCGGAGGCCGCGCCGAGCCCA